UGGCAACUCUGGAUGGCAAAUGGAAAUGUAAAAUGGCCGCCGAAGUGUUAAUUAAGAAGGGAAAGAAAGGAGCGGCUGCAUAUUUUCAAUCAGAAUGCGCAAGAACAAACAACCCGAGGCAGCUGAACGAACUGCUGGACAUCAUUCUGGACCCUCGCAAGCCCAUCGACAUAUGGGACACUAUAGACUGGUGCAAAUGGCUCAUGGCCGGAGGCAAGACCCCCGACGAGUUCUCCCAGACAGUGCGGCGGUACGACAAUGCCACCACGUGUGGCCUGGUGUGGACAGCGAACUUUGUGGCGUACCGGUGCCGCACGUGCGGCAUCUCGCCCUGCAUGUCUCUGUGUGCCGAAUGCUUCCAGCAGGGCAACCACCAGGGCCACGACUUCAACAUGUUUCGCAGUCAGGCGGGGGGUGCUUGCGACUGCGGGGACGCCAGUGUCAUGCGCGAGGAUGGGUUCUGCCACCGGCAUGGUCCCAAGGCACAAGUUGGCAAGCCACCAGCACCUCCGGAUUUGCUCUGUGUGGCAGAGUCCAUGAUGCCUCGUGUCAUUUUGCGCCUUGUCCAGCACCUGCGUGAGCACAGCAACAGUGUCGAUGCCGGAGCCGUGGGCCAGAAGGCAGUGCAAGAGGCAGAUGGCUUCCUGACCAUGCUUCAUCAGCUGAGCGAGAUGGGUGCUGUCAUGCGACAAGUGAUGACUCACGCACUCACCAACCCCCUCAGCUACCGAACACUCACCUGCAGUGCUGCCAAUGACGUGGAGGAUGAAGAGAAGGCAAAGUUUCUAAAGCACAACUAUGAGUGCUACGAGGAGGCCAAGCGUCGCCUGCAGAACUGGGAGUGUCCACCUGAGUACCAAGAAAUCGCGGCACUACAGCCUGUCCUGAUACACCGCAGCUUCUUGGAGGAGCUGGUGUUCUGGAUGGUCAAGUUUGAGUUCCCGCAGAAGCUAGUCUGCUUCCUGCUCAACAUGCUGCCCGACAUAACCUACAAGGAUUCAUUCACGCAGACCUUCGUGCAACACUACAGUCGCAUCAGUUACAUGCUGACGCAGUCGACGGACUCUGAGACCCUGUCUAACCGGGUGGUGCAUGUGAGCGUGCAGUUGUUCUCCAACGAGGCGCUGUCGCUGCGCAUGACACGCAGGGCCCACCUGCUUCACAUCAUGGUGAUAAGCCUGCGUGCCAUGAUGUCCCUCAUCUUGCAGCCCAGCACCCUACAAGAGAACGAGCGCAACUUCCACUAUGUGGUCAAUUGUGGCCAUCGCAUUGCUAAGGACCACUGCUACUGGCCCCUGGUGAGCGACCUGAACAACAUCCUCACCCACCGGCCAGUUGCCAUGGAGUUCCUCAAUGACACUCGCCUCCUCGACAUGUGGUUCUCUCUGCUUUCCAUGUUUCAAGGCAUGAAUGUCAACCAGCGAGAGCUGACACAGCACGUGGAGUUCGAGCCCAACACCUACUAUGCAGCCUUCUCAGCUGAACUGGAGGCUUCGGCGACGCCCCUCUGGGCUCUCAUCUCGCACCUCAAAAAUGAGGAAACCUUACCUCUGUCUAAGAACGUCCUCGAAAGGUGUCUCACGGCACUAGAGGAUUUCUUUGACAGCAUUGGCUUCAAGAAGGACGAUACGCCCAACCCGUACCAGGUGUCAUUCCACUUGCCCCUGCACCGGUACUACGCAGUGUUCUUGUGCCAGGCGGUGACGAGGCAAGGGGCCACGCUGGUCGAGCUCCUACCAGACACGGAUGUUUUGAUGACCCUAAUGGCACACCCUCUGCAGGCCAUGGUGUCGUUCCAUGAAAUCCUUUGCGGCCUCUGGGCACGCAAUGGGCUGCAGAUCAAGGGGCAAGCCAUGACGUACAUUCAGUGCCACUUCUGCAACUCUAUGGUGGAUGCCGAUCUCUUUCUGCUCCAGCUGUGUGCCACCCAUCUCGAUCCGGACUGGUUUAUUUCCACUGUCUUCCAAAGGUUCCACGUUUGGGAGUGGCUGUCGCUGUCGCCCAAUCGAACCAACUCUUUUCUGGAGCCGGACAAGGUGUUGCCCAUGCUGGAGGCUGCGCUCACCUUUCUUGCCAUGCUCUUCAGCGUCCGCACCAACCUGGGCAUGAGUGAGGCAGAGGUGACUCGGCAGGAGAUGGUGAGCCUGCUGUGCAUGGGUGACCGCACGCACUCCCAGCUGAUGGACCUGCUGCCCGAGAAGUGUGGCACCAGUGCCCACAGCCGGGACUUCGAGGCCUUCCUCGAGGAAGUAGCGCUCUACAAGCAACCAAACUUUGAGGCUGGAGGCAACCUGCUGCAAGGAAUGUAUGUGCCUCGAGGUUCAGUGUGGGAGCGGGAGUACGAUCCAGUGCACGUCCUGCUGCGUGCUGUGCAUCGCAAGGACUAUCAGGCAUCCAUGGACCGAUACACGCACUUCAUGCGCCAGAAUGGUCGGCUCAAGGGAAGUGCCACGCCCUGGCCCCCAUUCCGGCUGCCUCGCAAUGUGCACCCGGAGCUGGUGGACCCCCGCAAAUUGCUGCAGUGCAAGACUAUGCAGGCUGCUCUGUUCAUCAUCCUGUACAAGGCGCUCAAAGACCCAGAGGUUCCGGAGCAGGUUCUGGCACUUGCUGUUUACCUGCUGGAGAUGGCCCUGCAGUUCCAUCCGCACUCUUUGUCCCAGAAAGAUGAAUUGACUUCAGUGGCCGAGGUGACGGACUUGUCAUUGUUGGAGUGGUUUCCGGAGACAUGUGUGGUACAGAAUGCACUGCGCACGAUUAAGACUGUGCUGCUGCCCGACGGCCUAGCACUUGCUCCGACUGGCGUCGACGAUAUGGAGGUCGACCAGGAUCCCGACGAAUUUCUCGAGGUGGCUGAAGAUGCGCUUGCUUUCUUGUUCCCAUCGGCCAGUGGCAACUAUCCAGAGCUUACGGCUGGCACGGAGACAAAUGAAGCAGGCAUCAAUGCCCUUCAGCUACCACCAUCGGGCCAGCAGUUGGCUCUGCCCCCCUCCUCGCCAACCCCAGAAACCGGUGCGCUGGUUCCCGUGAACCCGGAAGCUGGCACAGUAGUGCCUGCCUUCUACAGUGGUCCACCGCCGUCCUUCUACGCCCAACCCUUGGCGGGUCCUUCUAUGCCCAACCCUUCCCCACCAGCCCUGCCUGCACCGAACAGUACAGCUGCUGCAGAGCCAGACACUAGCACCUCCCUAGUACCCACUGCCACUGGCGGUGGUGCCACAGCGGGGUCAUCUGUUGACCAGGCUGCUGGCCACUCGGGGGCUCUCGUGCCUUCGUCAUCCACCCUGGUUCCCACCACGCAUGGACCAAUGGGCAAUGUGCCCAGCGAUGCGCUCGUGCGUCAUCACGGCACUGCCGGUAUGUCUCAGCGUAGUUUAGCUGGCCCCGGUGGGGCCUUAGUUCCUUCACCGAGGUUUCCAACAGCACUGUGGGGUCGUGUUGCACGCCCCCUACCCUCCUCCGAAGGGGGUGCCACUGGUGCGGCAGCGAGCAGUUCCGUAGGUGCACUCGUGCCACUGGGGCGAGGCCUAGCUCAGCUGAGCCGGCGCCUUCGGUCCCACGGAUUCCGGUCAAAGUCUGGGAGCGGUGAACUGAGUGACGGAAGCGGCAGCAGUCACCCUCAACUGCCCACCUGCACACCUCGCCACGAGCUUGAGGGCGGCACAGCCUUGAAGGCCCUCCCUCCUUCGGAUGCGCCACGGCCAGUUGCAGAUGUAGACGAGAGCAUAGUGUCCCUGCUGCUCAAACUGCACUCGAAGCUGUCAGGCCAGCCGGACUCGUACCGGCUGCCAGACAAAGACAAAGGCGGCCCCACUCCCGAGGAGCAGGAGAGAGACCGGAUUGGUGCGGGGCCCCACUUCCUGGGCCUUUUGCUCGACAAACUUGUCCGGCUGACGCGUACUGCCGACCUGGAGUCGCCCAUCGAAGAAGUGCGGCGGCGCAUCUGGCCACCCCAGCCGUGUGGUGGCGAGGGAAACUCGGCCACUUCGAGCACUUCAGUCGCAGCCCGGGAGGCAACCGACCGCGAGGAAAGAAGACGUAGAGCGAAGGAGCGACAAAUGAAGCUCAUGGCAGAGUUUGCCAGCCGACAAAAGUCUUUCCUCAAGAAAGCCAUGGAGAUUGAAACCGAGGAGCUGGACAUGACUGAGCAACUGUCAGAGCCCGAACCAAUGGUGUCGGUUUCCAAGGAGUACGAGUGCGUCAUCUGCAGCCAGACAUCGCCUUCCACGGUGACACGGCCUGUAGGCAUGGUGGUACUGCUGCAGGCAACUAGUGUGAUGGGCCACGCUAGGGAGGAAGAGGAUGUGGACCGCAAGCUUCCCUGCUCAGACGAGGAACGCCUGCCAUUGCUUCAGGAUGCCAGUCGAUCGGCCUACAUGAAAAAGCGUUUUGAGGCCCUCACCAUGCACUUUGAUGACUUUCCACUGUCACAGUCGGUGAACAUAGGCUGGGAGGGUGGAGUACAUGUGCAGACGUGUGGCCAUUACCUCCAUCUGGACUGCCACAAGUCCUACAUGCUGUCCCAAAGGAGUCAACAAAGCCAGCGGUUGCAGACUGUUGCAGUUGAGCGAGGAGAGUACUGGUGCCCGCUGUGCAGACAACUUGCAAACUCUGUUCUUCCGCUGCACCCUGAGGAUCCUCGAGGUGCACUGGUGCGCAAAGGAUGUACACCCAAUGCUCAACUGUUGCAAGACCUGUCUGCAAUGCUUUCACAUAAGCCCAUGGUUGAGGAGCUGUCGAUAAAAGAAAUGCGGCCCUUCAUGGAGGACCUUACCAACGCAACAUUCAGUCAGUAUCGGACUAUCUCGUGUUUGCCCAACUCACAUGGUCUGGUGCUCUUUCUCUGCUCCAUCGCCAGGACAAACUUGGAGGCGGAGAUAGUGCUAAGGAAAGGAAACCUCUGCUUACCCCAACCUCAGCAAGUCAAGAAGCAGUCAUGUUUCUUGCCUUUGUUCCGGGUAUUGGCAUUACACGCAGACCGGUGGAUGGAGCGACGGCAAGCACCCUUUUGGUCGCAACUCACUGGCAUGGUGCUCACUGACAACCUUACCAGCUUGAUGCCUGUGGAAAGGAAAGUACCGGUGUUCGUGUGUGACCCCGCAGCUGUGCUGUUGGAGCUCGUGCUGGCCUUGCCUCUGGACCUUGAAAAAGCGUACUACACAUGUCUGGUACGGUCACUGUAUGCAAUCAACUACGUCCAGUCCUUGGUGCAGAUCAGCUGCAGCCUCGGUCACAUGGCACGGACCCAGUUCAAGCAGAAAACCCUCGGUUCUCCAAAUUCCCUGGAAUCCGCAGACUCCGUGCUCGGCCUUCUGGUGGAGCAGCUGGAGCAGGGCAACCUGUACAUUGACGACGAAGACAUGGACGCACAAGUGCGACAGAAAAGCCAACAGCUGUCGGGGCCCCUGCUGGAGAAGCAAGUGGUGGCCAUGUGCGGACCAUUCCUGCGAGUUGCCGCCCUGCUGCAGUCACACCUCUUUGAGGAGAAGCUGCCCACCACUGCGGAUCCCACAGAUGAGCUGGCCGCACUCUGCCUCUUCCUGGGGCUCGGCCAUGAGGGUCAGUCUGCGCAUGUGUCGACAGCGGGCGUUUCCUGGGUCACCGAGAGCCCCCAAGCACUCGUGCGCUCUUGGUGCCGCGAGUUCAACGAGUUUGCUGGCGUAGUUCCAGUUGCUGCGAGGAGCUUGGUGUCGGUGCGGUGGAAUUGGGCCCAGCCACGGCUGCUGUCACUGCCGGGCCGCUAUGACGACCUCUUCCAGUACUACCACAGCCGGGCAUGCAGCAAUUGCCACAACGUGCCCAAAGACCCAUCCGUGUGCCUCGUGUGUGGCACGCUGGUCUGCCUGCGUGAAAGCUGCUGUCGCCAGCAGGCGCACUUCGAAGCCGUGCAUCACUCCAUUAACUGUGGUGCGGGCACGGCCAUCUACUUGGCGGUGAACUCGUCAACGGUGAUUGUGAUACGAGGCAAGCGGGCCUGCCUCUGGGGCUCCGUCUACCUUGACAGCUUCGGGGAAGAAGACAGGGACCUCAAGCGAGGGAAGCCACUCUACUUGAGCGUGGAGCGGUACCAGCUGCUGCAGCAGCAGUGGACGACGCACUCCUUCGACCACACUUCGCGACGCUGGGUGUGGCACAAGGACAACCUCUGAUGCGCCCACCCCCUUUCGUCGGCAUCACCUUCUGCACCUGCACCUGGCCGCGUCCAGGACGCUGUUGGCCAGCGGCGGUGCCAUCGUUCUCCUAGGCUUGUUUCACUGAUGCCUGGACACUGUGGGUGCUGCGGCCGUCACUUCUAUCUGCCUUUUUCCUCACCGCACUAUACAUAUGUACAGGCGAAGUUCUGCCGCGGCAGCGGAGAAUGGCGCGUAGGAUUUUCUUCUUUUUCUUUUUUUGUGAGAUGCAUCUGUCAAGUCGCACUGCAGUCAGGCCGAGAGAAUAUAAUACUACUUUAGGAGUUGCAAAGAAGAAAAUUUGCUGCUUGUUUACAUUAAAAGAAGAGAGUUCAGAUCACUUG